GUCAAGUCGCUGCUGUGCAAAGUUCUUUGACUUUUACACGUUCAGUUGUAGGGUCGUUUUAAGAGUCAUUUAAAGUUCUCCUGGGUCUUGCUUUGUGCUGAAGAAAAUGUCCACUGUAAUUCCUCGUAUCGAGCAGCUGUCAUCGAGAGUGGUGCGUGUUCUGGGCUGUAACCCGGGGCCAAUGACGCUGCAGGGCACCAACACAUACCUGGUCGGAACUGGUAGAAGGCGAUUGUUAAUCGAUGCAGGCGAAACCGCGGUACCGGAGUAUAUUGCCAAUCUGCGCGACGCUCUGAGGCAGCACGAGGCGUCUAUACAGCACAUCUUGGUCACACACUGGCACCAUGACCACACUGGAGGAGUACAGGACAUACUCACAAACUUUCACACAGAUGCAGAGCUGAGAGUCAGUAAGCUCCCCCGGUCUCCUCCACAGGAAGAAGGAAUCGGAGACGCAAAGAGGAAAUACUCAUAUCUCAGUGAUGGCGAAGUGAUAAAGACGGAAGGGGCAACACUACGGGUGUUAUUUACCCCCGGUCACACAGAUGACCAUAUGGCAUUAUUGCUGGAGGAAGAGCAGGCUGUGUUUUCGGGUGACUGUAUUCUAGGAGAGGGCACGGCUGUGUUUGAGGACCUCCAUGAUUACAUGAAGUCACUGCAGAAGCUGCUCAGUGUGAAGGCCGACCUCAUAUAUCCAGGCCAUGGGCCAGUUGUGCAGGAUGCAGGAUCAAAGAUUUGUGAGUACGUAACCCACCGGAAUGCAAGAGAACAGCAGAUCUUAAAGGUUCUACAGGAGAACAGUAGAAGUGUGUUUACCUCCAGCCAACUAGUCAAAGUGGUGUACAAGGAAACCCCUGAGCACCUGCACAGAGCAGCUGAGGUUAACUUGCUGCACCAUUUAAAGAAACUUCACAAGGAAAGAAAGAUCUGCCUGGCUGAAGGCUCGGAAGAAAAGAAGUGGAAAAGCAAUUUGUGACAUUUUCUCUGCUAAUUCAUCCUCAUCUUAUAAAACCUUGCCAGUAGACUGAGAUUGUGUGAGGAUUUUUGUGGAUGUUCCUUUUUUGUGAUAACAUACCUGAUUUGUUUAACCUUUGCAUGUGCCAGAGUCACACCUACAAAUUUGAAAGACAGAGGCUACUACCAAAACCUUUGCCAUAGAAAACAUGCAAUUCUUUUUAACACUCAUGUAUUGCUUUUUGGGCAUAUUGUCACUGUUAUGGAAUUCUAUAUUUUAUAGGCUUGUCAUAAUACCCUUGUGAAAUUUACCCAUGUGACCACUAGCAGUCUCCCCCAUAAAUGUUUGUCCCCUCUUUAUUUUUAAUAUUCCGUGAGACGUAUUUGCAAUGUGCAGACUUUUAAAUUGUUCUCAUGUUCCUUGUCUUAAUCAUUUUGUUUCUGAAAGCUUAAAUCAGUUAAGCUUCUCGUGAAUUAAUCCCAUCCAGCUAGAUCACUCUUGAUCUAAAAUGUGCAAAUACAUUUGAUAAAUGUACAUUUGUGUAAAUAAAUAAUGAUG